AUGGUCUCACUUGGUUUAAAGAGUAAGAGGACGGCGAAGUUAAUUCCUACCGCCGUGCCGUCUGUGCAUGCAAACCACUCUGCCUGCCCUGUCCCGAGGUCGAGAGACACCGUCUGCCGCAAGCGAGAGAUUGCCACGAUGUUGACAGACGCCUCACAGCAGGAGACCGUGGCCAGUGUAGACACUGUGGAGAGUGUCGAUACUGGGGAUCAGCCCUUGCCCUCCUCCACUUCUGACGCUGGGACACAAUGUUAUUUGAAGCCCCCCCGAUGGUCUCACGCUGUGCAGGUUAACCUGAAGCCCAAGAUGGUUAGCGUGGGCACACAGACUUCAAUCAGCCCACAAACCUCCACUCCCCUCGCUAGUCCUGAACAGACAGUUGACGACGAUGAUGAUGAUAAUGCCACUGUCAUCAGUGACUUGUCGUGGGUGCCCGAAGAGCCGAUGGAUGAGGAGGAAUUGUUUGAUGAGGAGCCACCUUACACGUGUGACCCCCACCACAAUUGCAUUGACAAAUUCAUUGUUUGCCAAGAGGAGCUGAUGGGCCUUUUUGCCAUCUGUCCGGCCUGUUGUGAGAGGUCGGAUAGUAGCAUCGUGCAGCAGGAAGGAACUUUUGUUAAGAUCAAGCAGGUCUGUGCAUCAUGUGGCUACCACCGUUUCUGGCAAAACCAGCCAAUGCUCCACAAGAACAUGCCAACCUGCAACCUCCUGUUAAGUGGGGCCAUUCAUUUUACUGGAUGUUUGGCCACACAGACACUAAGAAUGUUGACCCUGUUUGGCCUGCAGUGCAUCAGUGCCAGCAGUUUCUUUCGCCAUCAGCGCCACUACACCAUCCCUGUAAUCGUUCAGGCCUGGCAGAAUGAUCAAGCCAAGAAUUUUAGUGACCUACGGGCAAUGGAUGGCGGGCUAGUUCUUGCUGGUGACUGCAGGUCAGAUUCUCCUGGGCACUGCGCAAAGUAUGGGUCAUACUCUCUGAUAGAGGACAGAGUGAACAAGGUGGUGGAUGUUCAGCUUGUUCAGAGCUCAGAGGUCCCCAACAGCUCAUGGUGUGAGCUUGAAGGGCUCAAGCGCAGUGUUGGCCUGCUGAGGGGAAACGACCUGCAUUUGGCAACGCUGAUCACGGACCGACAUCGCCAGGUUGCCAAAUGGGUGAGAGAGGAGCUGAUCCCUGAAGGGACACAGCAUUAUUUUGACGUGUGGCACAUUGCCAAAAGUCUGGGGAAGGCAUUGGAUGCAGCAUCCAAAGAGUGUGACCAACUACAGUUGUGGAGGCCAGCUAUAGUGAAUCACCUCUAUUGGACUGCAGCCUCAACCCCAGAUGGCAACCCAGCGGUCAUGGAGGCCAAAUGGAGAAGUUUAGUGAACCACAUCCAGGACAUCCAUGACCAUGACACCCCUGCCUUCUCCAGUUGUGCCCAUGGCCCUCUAGACGGAGAUCAGCGCAACAAAGAGUGGCUGGACCCAGGCUCAUUGGCAGCAGUCAAGUUGGAGAACAUAAUGAUGAGGGCUGCCUUGCUGAAAGAUGUCCGUCAGCUGUCUCCACAGCACCAGACCUUCUCCCUUGAGGCUUACCACUCCCUCAUCUUGCACUUCGCGCCCAAGCACACAGGGUUUUCAUACCUUGGGAUGUAUAGCAGGCUUCUCUUAGCGGCGCUGCAUUAUAAUCACAAUGCCAAUCGCGAGACAGCACGGAGAAGUGACGGGACGGAGAAGUACUGCGUGCGGUAUCCGCGCUUCAGAAAAGGUGCCCAUGUGGUGCGUCCCAUCAAAGAGGCAGCCUCAUACGGUUAUGCAACAUCAUUAAUGAAGGCCCUUCGGGAGAGCUACGCCAAUUCACCCGCGGUUCUUCGAGAAGUUGCCGCCAAUUUGUCCUCCGAUGCACCCGCCCCCAUCGCCAAAUCCUUCGAACAGAUUCCUAAGGAGGAGGCCAUCAGCCUCUACCUAGCCCGGCAGUCACGCUUCAAGAAAACCUAAUUUCACAUUAUUAUUUUUUUCCACGGACAAGUCCAAUGAUUUAGUUGUUAUUAUUUGCAUGAAAUUUCUUUGUAUAUAAUUCAAAAUAAUUUGGUAAUCAUUUUACCUGUGCCUUGUCAACCUCUGUGUGCGGUGUUGUCUGGGCUCACUGUGUCUGCUUGAUGUGCUUUUGCAUGUAUCACUGCAUGUAUGCAUGCAUGAAAUAGUGUGUGUGUGUGUGUGAGAGAAAGAGAACCAUCAACUGACCCUCGGGUAUGACUACACUAUUGCAGAAUUAAUUAGAAUUAGAAUUAAACAUUGCGGGUCUAGCCCUU